AAGAAAUUUUUUAUGGCGUUUCCUUUUGAUAUUUUACAUUUGGAAAUUAUCCGUUCAACUUUGGAAAGUGAAAAAGAUCGAUGUGAAGCAAAGGAAAAGUUUGGAACAAUUAUCGAUAACUUGAAUGGUCCAGCUGAUAUUGAAAAGUACGAAAGCUUAGUUCAAAAAGCUUUUCUUCACGCAAAUGCAGAGACUAAACUUGAGUCGAUCGGAUUCAGAGUUGGAAGGCAGCUCGUGGAAAAAGUAUCAAAAGAGUCUCCGAAAUUGGUCACUGAGUUAGAAAUUGUAAAGUUCAUUUGCAAGGAUUUCUGGUCAUCAGUGUUUGGCAAGCAAGUCGAUAAUCUCCGCACAAAUCAUCAGGGUGUCUAUGUUGUUCAAGAUGGAAGAUUUACAACGCUGCGAAGUUUUCCCGAAGGUGAUCAAUACGUGAAAGAAAGUGGAUAUUUCCUUGCUUUUCCAUGUGGUUUACUUCGCGGAGCCCUUGCUGGUCUUAAUAUUAGAGCAAUUGUAACUCCAACAAUCGAAAGUGUACCUUCUGUGAAGUUUCAUAUUCAAGUUCAACCAAAAUAGUAUUUUUCACAUGUCAAUUAAUUUAUGGAUUUUUGUAUAUAGUUUAUUUAAUUUUUGAGAAUAAAUAAAGAACACCGGUAACCUUG